AUGUUCAUAAGUCUGGCUUUCUCUGAUCUUGCAGUUGGAUUGUUGCCGCAGCUUAUGGACGCUAUUAUCUUUGCCGUGGUGUGGAAGAUGGCGUCAAGAAGAGGCAACUUAGCAUACCUUUGUCCAACGGUUUUACGCGUGCUUUAUUAUUUUAUGUAUCUUCUCGUCGCUGCAUCUUUCCUGAAUGUUGUUUUCAUUGCAUUUGAUAGACUUUUUGCUUUUUCGCUCCAUUUGCGAUAUCAGGAGCUUUUCACACCCAGACGUAUUACAAUAGUGUUGGUAUCUGUAUGGAUAAUAAGUUGCGUCCUCGCCUUCCUAUUUAUUUUCUUUCCAAAAGAAAUGGAAAUGGUAGCUGUGGUUAUUACCGUAACAGGAUAUACUCUAACUACCGUGGUAUAUGUUCGAAUUUACAAAGUUGUCAAAUAUCAUCAGAAUCAGAUAUACAGUCAAAACCAGCUUCAAAAUGCCCAAACAAGGGAGGCACACAAACAAAGAAAAUCCGCCUAUAAUAGUCUAUUUGUCUCAGUAGUUUUUUUAGCUUGUUAUUUUCCUUUUUUUCCCUGUACCAUACUGUACAUGACAAACAACACUGAAAUCUCGUUUAUCGUCGCUCAAUUUGCGUCGGAAUUCUUAGUUUGCCUGAAUUCAUCACUAAAUCCUCUUGUUUAUUGCUGGCGGUACCGAGAGAUUCGCCAAAUUGUAAAAAACACAGUGAAGAAAAUAAUUCGCAUGAACGAGAAUAUGACAUAA